CAGACGGACGUACAAUCGCUUCGAUUUCAAUUACAAAAUAAAAAGACCAAAGACAAAAGCCCAAAAACAUAAUAUCCCGGUAAAAUGUUUUGGCAAACAGGCUGGGGCGCGAGCUUAGUGCUCAGUGCGUUUCUUCUUUUCGUUCACGUCGGCAACUCGCUCGGAUGGAAGCCAAUCGCGUCAGCGGGCAGCCCCAUAACAUCCUACAGCUUAAAGCAAUCGCAUCCUGGCGAGGCGAGCAGCAGCCACGAGCUGGCCACCAGCUAUGCCCAAUUCGGCGACUCCAAGGAGGAAGACGAUCUGCUUUUGACACGAGCCGCUCUGAUAAAUGGAGUUGAGUCUUCGCGUCCCAUUACAUUGAUUGACGAUCACGAUAAUCACUACAAGUCAUAUGGCUUAAAAGAUGAUGCAAUUGAAGAGCCCACUAUUAGUUUUCCGCGCUCUAAUCUCUAUGCUUCCGAUCGCUGCAGUGUCAAGAAGUUUGCAUUCAAUCAAGAUGGGUCAGUGGAGUAUGAUAACGAGUUGCCCGAGCUGGAUCAGUUUACGCUUUGUUUCUGGAUGCGUUUCACCAAUCACAGCGGCGACCAUGUCAUGUUGACCUACGAAGUCGAAAAGGAACCACGCGAAAUACAAAUCUGGGUCGCUAACGCGCAAAAUUCCAGUUUCCUAUCGAUGGCCAUAAAAGGUCAGCAAAUGUACAGAUUGAACUAUCCGCUGCGUAUGCGGCAAUGGCAUCACAUGUGCAGCUCGUGGAAUGGGAAGACCGGCGAGUGGCAGGUCUGGCUGAAAGCAGAGCGCAUUGGACGUGGAUUCCAUAAUUCACUGGUAGGCCAUAAAAUACCCGCUAAGGGAAAACUGCGCUCGGGCGGCAGUUCAAUAACUGGGCAAGUAAGUCAUGGCCUCCACUUUGAGGUGACGCUCGUGCAAAUUUAUCGCGUCGCUUUGAGCGCGGGCAAGGCGCAUCGAGACCACAAACAUCAUCAUGUGCACCACUUUGAUCACGAGGGUCAGGAGCUGCCCAGCACAACGCGUGCUCCUCCAAUGAUCAAUCGACCACAGCCGAUGCACUCGCUGCUCGCAAGCGGACAAAUUCCAACGAGAGUCCGCAUCAAUCUGGCCAACUCAAUGCCCACACAGAAUCCACCAAAUGGAGUGGCAGACCAAGCGAUUACAGUGAACACAAACUUUGUUAAUGGGCAAAUUAAUGCUGGCUCUCGGUUGGUGGCACAGCAGCUACUCGGUCUGUCGCCCUAUCCUCGCGGGAUACCCGCGGCCUCGAAUGAACCAACAACGGGACGUUUCCAGAUGCUUAGCAACUCAGCCAAUGUGCAGUUCAUAGAUGAGACAGAGACACAUAUACAAUUUAAGCGGGAGGCACCACAGGCGCGAAAGGUGCAAAAGCGAGGGUUGGUUUUGCUCGCCGACGGAUCCGUGGUUGAUGAUGGCCAACUGGAUGACAGCAGCGAGGUUUUCAGUAAGUACAAUGGUCUGGCCGACUUUGGUGGGCAGCAAUUCAAGCAGGAUCUGACGCUGAAGAUGACUCUCGAGGAGGAGAUCAGCACACACGAUCGCGAGCCGGCCGAGGAGGAGGUCAAGGCCGUUAUGGGAAUCUGUAGCAACUGCGACCCCGAGCCUUUCCAAGGCGCCAUUGUCUUUGCCUGGAAGGACGUCAAGGAGCACAUGAACAACACGCUCAAAGGCCACAGUGUGGGCAACUGUGGAAAUUUCUAAUACCUCCCUCCCAAUCACCCACUCAGUCAGCAGUGAAUCCUGUCAAUAUCCCGCAAAAUAUACUCUUAAGCAGGGUGCUGCAAAUAACGCUUAUUAUGCAUACAUACAUAUAUUGUUUUGUUUGAUUUUUUUUUGU